AUGACGGAUGAAAAACAAGCCCAAUCUGAAAUCUCGCCGGAAGUUGAGGAUGGCUCGAGAUCUCCACCGCACGAAGAAGAAGUAUAUUCAAUCUAUCACGGCAGAUCCAAAAUUCUCAUCGUCGUGGCUGCGUCCGUCGCUAGUCUUUUUUCCCCACUCUCAGCCAAUAUCUAUCUUCCUGCGCUAGAUACCAUCGCCGAUCAAUUGCAUGUAAGCAAUACGCUGAUCAAUCUGACAGUCACGACGUAUAUGCUCUUCCAAGGUCUAGCCCCAGCCAUCUUCGCAGGCUUCGCAGACAGCGCUGGUCGACGACCAGCAUACAUCGUGUGCUUUAUCGCCUACAUCGCAGCCAAUAUAGGCCUAGCCACUCAACGCCAUUACGCCGCCCUCAUGGUCCUCCGCUGUCUCCAGAGCACAGGAAGCAGCAGCACCAUCGCGCUAGCCAACGCAAUCGUAGCAGACGUUGUAACUACCGCCGAACGCGGCGUGUACAUCGGAUACGCCUCGGCGGGGGGUGUCGUCGGCCUCUCUGUCGGCCCUAUAAUCGGCGGACUACUGACGCAGUUUCUGGGCUGGCCGUCCAUAUUCUGGUUUCUAACCAUCCUAGCCGGCGCAUUCUUCAUUCCCUUGUUACUGUUUCUGCCCGAGACAGCCCGCAAAAUCGUAGGAAAUGGCUCUCAACCUCCCCCACUCUGGAACAUGUCGCCCCUGCAACUUAUGCAGCAACGGCGCUCUUCCAACGCAGCACCGCCGGUGAAAACACGCAUCCACUUCCCGAACCCGCUCAAAACACUAGUCAUCAUCUGCGACAAGGAAGUCUUUCUCAUCCUUCUCUGCAACAGCCUCGUCUACAGCAGCUACUCCGCCGUCAUGACAAGCGUAACAUCCCAGCUCAAGCACCUGUACAAAUUCAAUGACGUCCAAAUUGGUCUCUGCUUCAUCCCAGCCGGUGCAGGCAGCCUCCUAGCGGCAUACACCCAAGGCCGCAUAGCAGACUGGAACUACCGGCGACACGCGCGACAUCUAGGAGUCGCAGUCUCCAAAACGCACCGACAAGAUCUCAGCGAAUUCCCGAUCGAGCAAGCCCGCUGCGAAGUCAUAUACCCGCUCGUUGUCGUCCUAGGACUAGGCCUAAUCGCAUACGGCUGGGUUCUCCACUAUGGGACGAAUCUCGCAGGCCCGCUCGUUCUACUCCUGCUUGUUGGGUAUACCGCUUCGGCGACGUUUAAUAUCAUGAGUGUUCUCAUGGUUGAUAUUUAUACGGAUAGUCCCGCUAUGGCUACGGCUGCUAUGAAUCUGACGAGGUGUUGGUUGGGGGCUGGUGCGUCUGCUGUUAUCCUGCCUAUGAUUGAGGGUAUGGGGCGCGGGUGGGCAUUUACGUUGAUUGGAUUGUUGUGUUUUGUGUGUGUGCCUCUUCUUAUGGUCGUGUCGAGGUUGGGACAUGGGUGGCGGAGGGAGAAAGGAAUUCGUGAGAGGAACCGAGGUGUCUGA